AUGUUAUUUGUGUUACUUUCUUUCUUUCUUUCUUUCUUUCUUUCUUUCUUUCUAAAAAUUUGCACUUUUUCCUACUUCUGUUCUUUUUUCGUUCAUUUUUUUCUUUCUUCUUUUCCCUGGAAAAUUGCCAUUGUUUGCUUUCUUCAGGAAUUGAUUUUAUUUUAUUUUUCUUUCUUUCUUUCUUUCUUUCUUUCUUUCUUUCUUUCUUUCUUUCUUUCUAAUUUAUUUCUUAUUAUAUUCUUUCUUUUUUAUUUUCUUUCUUUUUACUUUCAUUCUUUCUGUAGGAAAAUUUCCACUUUUUCACACUUCUCGUAUGUGCUGUUUCAUUUCCGUUCUUUUGUUAUUUUUCAUUUCCGAGAAAUUUGCCAUUUUUUACGUUCUUCAGGAACUUUCUUUCUUUCUUUCUUUUUUCUUCUACCCCGCCAUUCUUAUUUUUAUCCCCAAUUCAUUCAUACCUUCUUUUUAUUUUCUUUCGUUUUUAUUUUUUCUUUCUUUUUUAUUCCUUUCUUUCUUAAUUUCUAUUUUCUUUAUUUCUUUUUAUUGUUUUUGCUGCUUUUUUGUUUGUUUGUUUCUUUCUUUCUGUACGAAAAUUUCGACCUUUUCCUACUUCCGGUAUUAGCUAUUUCAUUUCCGUUCUUUUGUUCUUUCUUCAUUUCCUGGAAAAUUUGUUAUUUUCCUCUUUCUUCAGGAAUUUUUAUCUUUCUUUCUUUCUUUCUUUCUUUCUUUCUUUCUUUCUUUAGGAAAAUAAUUUUUCUUUCUUUCUUUCUUUCUUUCUUUCUUUCUUUCUUUCUUUCUCCCUAG